AUGGCAGUGGUGGCACGGGAAGUGGUGCGUUUUAUUGAGACGUGCAUUCCUGCCGAUGUGGCCGGCACUCAGCUGCUUCUAUCCCAGACAGAAAAGGCGGUAGCAGAUUCUUUCCAGGACUCCCUCACAGCAGAGUCCUACCUCGGGGCCAUGCCCCCUCCUGCUACUCUGCCUCUUAACCAAGGGAGACAGGGAGGAGGGCGAGAAGGAUCAAGCCUGUAUUCCCGCCAGUCUGCGUUUGACGCGCAGGGUUCGGCUUGGUCAGGGCAGGGCGAAGAGAGUUCACAGGGGCGAGGGGAGGGGCUGGGGGAAGAAAAGGAGGGGCAGUGGGAGGGGCAGGGAGAAGGGAGGGAGGGGCGAGGGGAGGGGCAGGGGGAGGGGGUUGCAGUGGUGGAGGAUGAGGAGAGGGAGACGUUUUCGUACCUGGAUGAUGAGAGGUUCAACGAGUGCACUCAGCUGCUCAAGAGAUGCUUACCUCCCUUCCUCUUCCCUCUCCGCCCUCAACCCCUCCACCCGCCUCCCCCCCUCUCACUCUCUCAGCUGCUAGCCAGGGACUACGUGGCAGCAGGGCUGUGCAGCAUCCAGCUCUUCCUCUACUCGCCUGACCUCCGCACCGCAGCAACGCACCUGCAGCAGGCACAGCUGCUAUUUGAGAAAGGCACGGAGGCCAGGCAGCACGCAGCAGCGGAUCUGGCAGCAUCGAUCGGCCCUCUUGCUGCUGCCGGCAAGAGACUCGCCGUCUCUGCCGCCUCCUCUUCCUCCUCCGCUGCUGCUGGCACUUCUGCUGCAGGUGGAACUGGGGUAGGCUCAGCUGCUGCAGGAGGGGCAGGUAUAUCUGGAGCAGGUACCACUCCCAGCAGCACCACCACCAGCACUAGCAGCACUGCCGCCAGCGCAGCUGCCAGUGCUGCUGCCAGCCUGGCGCUGAUCGGCAAGCAGCGGGCGGCGACAGCAAAGAUAUCGGAUGAAGAUCUGCUGCGGCUGCAGCGGCUGGCAGAGCUGCAGGUGGAGGUGGUGCGGGUGGUGGGGGCGGGCAGUGGCAGGGACAGCAGCGGCGUGCCUCUCGUGGGAGCGGCGAGGAAGGCCCCUUGGAGCGUGGCGCUGUUCGGUGCUCCCAGCGAUGGCCGGACGAACAAGCGGCGGGUUGAAGUGACAGAGUUCCUAGUGGAGCGGGAGUUUGACCUGGCGUUGGAGGUGAUAAACUUCCUGCACCUGCCAGCCGUGCAGAUCUACGCCAGCGUGGCAGCCUCGCUGGCGGAGAAGCAGCAGCACCGCGUGCUGUUUGAAGGGCUCAUGGAUCGGAUCAAAUACAUGCUGCCGCCCGCUGACAUGGAUGAGGUGAUUGGAGCAGCAGUGAUGGUCUACACCCACACCGCUGUCAAGCUCUCUACUCUCUCCCUGACCUUCACCGGGCGGCAAGACAUGUCUCGAUCUGUGAAGCUGCCCAAGGAACAGAUCGACCGACUUAUUCAUAUGCUGUCAGACGAGCAUAAGAAGGUUCUCUUCAACGUGGCAUGUCGCAGGCUGCGCCUGGCCUUUCAGAUCGCCACGGGCCACUUCCAGUCUCAACUCAUUGGUGCUGCAACUCCUGCUGCUGCCAGUGCUAGCAGCACCAACACUGGCGGCGGCAGCAGCAGCAGCGGUGGGGGUGGGUUUGGGUCGGUGUACCCGUUACAGAGUCGCAUCAACGAUGUGAUUUUCAUCAUGCAUGAGGCUCGGAACGCACCUAAGGUCCGGGAGCUGUGUCGUGAAUGGCUGGCGGCUCGGGGCGUUGUGAUUGAGAAUGUGGAGAGAAGUGCACAGGCGAACUUGCUCCCUCACACCCACGCAUGGCCUCUUGGGCACGGUGUGCAGCAGCCACAGGCCCUGCAGUAG